UCCUAAUAGUAUCAAAAUAAUCAGAAUCAAGAUCAUAUGCAUCGAAAGGCUGUGAUUUUCUGACCAGUUUGACCCCUUAACCUCGGAGCUACCUGUUGAUUUUCGUGUGCGACCCACAAAAAAUUGGAAGAGAAGUGAGAGAGCAGAUAGAUAUAUAUAGAGAGAGAAAGCUUGCAUAGAGAGAGAGUGGAACUUGAACAAAUAAAAGGGUCUAUGGCGUGAGGAGUGAGAUGGCUAAAGACGUUUAGAGAGAGAGAGAGAGAGUGUUAAACAACGAUAAACACCAAGAUCACAUGGGAGAAGAGCCACCUCCACCGGUACAAUGUCCCCCCACAUUUCCUUCUCCUUAUUAGGGUUUCUCUGAUCAAUUCACUGCUCAUUUUUUCCCUCUCUCUCUCUCCCUACAUUCUCUCUCUAGUCACCCACAGCUGCUGCUUCGAUUCUAUAACCUUUAUCUGCCUGGAACUGAAGUGUGUCUUGUGGAUCUUCGGUUUGGGGUUGUUUGAUUAAUCUGGGUGUUGUUUUUUUUCGAAAUUGGGAGGUGGGUCUGUGGAGGAGAGAGAUGGAGGAGAGUCGUUUGUGUCAGUGGAGCGUUGUUCGAUCCAUUCUAGCCAUUCUUCAAUGGUGGGGUUUUAAUGUCACUGUUAUCAUCAUGAACAAAUGGAUCUUUCAGAAACUGGACUUUAAGUUUCCUUUAUCAGUAUCAUGCAUUCACUUCAUAUGUUCGGCCAUUGGUGCAUAUCUGGUGAUUAAGGUCCUGAAGCUUAAGCCACUUAUUGUGGUUGAUCCUGAAGAUCGCUGGAGAAGGAUAUUUCCCAUGUCAUUUGUGUUCUGUGUCAACAUUGUCUUGGGGAACGUGAGCUUACGUUACAUUCCAGUUUCUUUUAUGCAAACCAUAAAGUCGUUUACCCCUGCAACAACAGUUUUCUUGCAGUGGCUAGUUUGGAGAAAAUAUUUUGACUGGAAAAUUUGGGCUUCCCUUGUACCCAUUGUUGGAGGAAUUCUUCUCACUUCCAUUACAGAGCUUAGUUUUAACAUGUUCGGAUUUUGUGCUGCCUUAUUUGGUUGUCUGGCGACUUCUACAAAGACUAUCCUUGCAGAGUCUCUGCUGCAUGGCUAUAAGUUUGAUAGCAUAAACACGGUGUACUACAUGGCACCUUUUGCAACUAUGAUCUUGGCCGGCCCUGCACUGCUGCUUGAAGGAUCUGGGGUUUUGCUGUGGUUUCAUUCACAGCAAUCCCUCGUCUCUCCCCUCACUAUUAUUUUCGGCUCUGGGGUGUUGGCUUUCUGCCUCAACUUCUCUAUCUUUUACGUGAUUCACUCCACGACUGCAGUCACAUUUAACGUUGCUGGUAAUCUUAAGGUUGCAGUUGCUGUUACAUGUUCAUGGCUUAUAUUCAGAAAUCCAAUAUCAGCUAUGAAUGCCAUUGGAUGUACUGUGACACUCGUGGGAUGUACAUUCUAUGGGUACGUGAGGCAUCUGCUAUCCCAACAGCCCCCGGGAACUCCUCGUACGCCCCGGACUCCCCGGAACCUGAAGGAAUUGAUUCCUCUUGUAAGCGAGAAGUUAGAUAAUAAGGUUUGAUUAAGUAGUUAUGCAUGAGGUGCUUGGCGGUUGGGAAAUGGUAAUAGGUAACAGUUACACUUGUUGUGUGAACUUGCAUUUUAUGGACUUUAAAAGAAAUAUAAAAAUGUCCAUUCAUUUUCUCUCCACUCAAAAGCUAUCAGGUUCUUAUUGAUCUUCUUCAAUGGGGUUGAUAUGUUUCCAGCCUCACAUCAGCCUUUGAAAGUUUGAAUAGAGGUGGUUGGAAGGAAGAGAAAGUAAAAGGGGAGAAAGGUAGGUCUAUAAAUGAGGAGUAUCUAUGGAGGGGAUGGAUGGAAAGGAUAAGAUAUAAUUAUUACCCAUUUUAUCCUUAUUUUUUUAUAAAGGUUGAAAUAUUAUUUUCCCUUUCCUACUUAUGUAAUGGUAGUAAAACAUUAAUUGUUUUUUUCUUUCUACUGCAUUUAAGGGUUAAUUACUUCC